AUGAAUGACUAUAAUAUGAAUGAGGAUGUUGGAGGCGAGGGAGAGGAAAUCGUACAAGAGGAUUCAUGGGCAGUUAUCAGUUCAUACUUUAAAGAUAAAGGUCUUGUAAGACAACAGUUGGAUUCAUUCGAUGAGUUCAUUCAAAAUACAAUGCAAGAGAUCAUCGAUGAAUCACCUCCUAUCACACUAAGGCCCGAAGCACAACAUCAUCCUGGUCAACAACAAGUUCAUAAUUUUUCAACAUUUUCUAUUAAAUUUGGACAAAUCUAUCUGAGUAAACCUACAUCUGAAAUCGAUGGUAUGACUCAACCGGUAACACCAAAUCAAGCGAGAAUUAGAAAUUUGACAUACUCUGCACCAUUGUAUGUCGAUAUCACAAAAACACAGGUUACUAAAGAUCGUAGAGACGAGGAACCUCUCGAGAAGAUCUUCAUUGGAAAGGUUCCAAUCAUGUUGCGUUCAAAAUACUGUAUGUUGGAUGAAACCAGUGAUGUCGAUUUGCCGAUGAUGGGUGAAUGUCCUUACGAUCAGGGUGGUUAUUUCAUCAUCAACGGUUCAGAGAAGGUAUUGAUUGCACAAGAAAAGAUGUCACACAAUCAUGUAUACGUAUUCAAAAAGACACCUCCAUCUAAAUACUCUUAUGUUGCCGAAAUCCGUUCUUGUCAAGAGACUGGUUCUCGUCCAACCAGUACCAUGUACGUAAAGAUGUUACAAAAUUCAAACAAGGGACCAAUCGGUAUAAAAGCAACUAUUCCAUAUAUUAAACAAGAUGUACCAAUCGUUGUAGUAUUUAGAGCAUUGGGUUUUGUUGCAGAUAAAGAUAUUCUCGAGCAUAUUUGUUAUGAUUUCUCGGAUCAACAGAUGAUGGACCUGAUGAGACCAUCUUUAGAGGAAUCGUUUGUUAUUCAGAAUCAAGAGAUUGCCCUCGAUUAUCUGGGUAAGCGUGGUAGCACCGUUGGUACUCGUGAGCAAAGAAUCAAAUUUGCAAGAGAGGUGUUACAGAAGGAAAUGUUGCCACACGUUUCGGUGGCCGAGUAUUUUGAAACAAAGAAGGCAUACUACUUUGGUUAUAUUGUACAUAGAUUAUUGUUGGCGGCACUCGAGCGUCGUCCACUCGACGACAGAGAUCACUUUGCAAACAAGAGACUCGAUUUGGCCGGUCCUUUGUUGGGUACUCUGUUCCGUCAACUCUUUAAGAAGCUGACCAAGGAUGUUAGAUCUCAUCUCCAACGUUGUAUAGACAAGGGAAGAGAGUUCAUUCCGAGUCAAGCCAUCAAGUCAAAGACCAUUACAAGUGGUCUCAAGUAUUCGCUCGCCACCGGUAAUUGGGGUGCCGCCAACACCGGUGCCAGAGCUGGUGUCGCUCAGGUACUUAACAGACUUACCUUUGCUUCGACACUCAGUCAUCUUCGUAGAUUGAACACUCCAAUCGGUAGAGAAGAAGGUCAAGCUUGUGGUUUGGUUAAGAACUUGGCUAUGAUGGCCUACAUUUCCGUAGGUUCUGCCUCUCAACCAAUUCUAGAGUUCCUUGAAGAGUGGAGUACUGAGAAUCUUGAGGAGAUCACCGAUUCCUCUACCAUCCUCAACGCCACCAAGAUCUUUGUCAACGGUAUGUGGGUUGGUAUUCAUCAUCAGCCAGACCAUCUCCUCAAGACUUUGCGUGUACUCAGACGUUGUGGUGACGUUUCUGUUGAAGUAUCGAUUGUUCGUGACAUUCGUGAGAAGGAACUCAGACUCUACACAGACUCUGGACGUUGUUGUCGUCCAUUGUUUGUCGUCGACGACAAGGACUACAAGCUGACCAUCAAGAAAUCACACAUUCGUCAACUCGAUAGCGACCCAGAGUACAAAUGGCUCGAUCUUAUCACCGACGGUCUCGUCGAGUAUAUCGAUACCGAAGAAGAGGAAACUGUUAUGAUUGCAAUGACACCAGCCGAUCUCAUCCCAUCGACCACCGAAAUCGUUACACACAACUACACUCAUUGUGAGAUUCAUCCAUCUAUGAUUUUGGGUAUCUGUUGCUCUAUUAUUCCAUUCCCAGAUCACAACCAAUCUCCACGUAAUACCUACCAGUGUUUGUGGGAGGAGGAGCCAGUACUCAUGGCCGAUGGAAGAACAAAGCCAAUCAAGGAUGUUGUCGUUGGCGAUCAAGUCGUAACCUUCCAUCCACAGACCAUGCGUCAAUCCAUAAGCAAGGUCGUCAACCAAUACACAAGACCUACUGACAAGAAGAUCAUGAAGAUAAUUACCGAAUCUGGUCGUCAGCUCAUCGCUACCGAAGACCAUCUCUUUAUGACAUCCGAGGGUUGGGUUCCACUCGCCAAAAUCAAAGAUAGAUCUACUGUCUUGCAAGUAGCAGUUUCAGUUAGACACAACCAAAACUAUUUCGAAUCACACCCAUCCGACACCGAACAAGUCAUCAGCGAUGACAUUAUCAAUCAACACCUCGACACAGCCCAAGUUAAUUCACAGGCACACCAGAGAAAUAUUAAGCAUUUGAAUAGUAUUGGUUUGUUGAAUAGCCAAGCAGUUGACAAACAGAGAUUGGCUAGAUUAUUUGGUUUUGUUUCAUCAUCUCCAUCAUUAUCCAAGAACAAUAGCGAAAUCAAUAUGACAUUUGAAUCAAAGCAAUCUGCCAUUGAAUAUAAGGAGGAUCUAAUUCAAUUGGGACUUGGCGAUUGUAAACUAGUAAAGAACGGCAGUGAGUUCAACAUUGUACAUCAAGCUACUGAUGCCGCUGCUACUCUAUUCAUUGGUUUGGGUGCAUUCAGUGAUAGCAUCCCACUUUGGAUCAUGAAUGGUUCUCGUUUGGUCCAAAGCCAAUACCUAUCGUCGCUUCAAUUCAAAACAACUCAAAUCUCAACCAAAUCACAAUCAUUUAUUUAUACUGCGCCAACUACCAGCCAAGUCUCCAAAUUGGAGCAGAUGGUAGAACUCUACAAGGGAUUGGAUAUCGAAACCAACGGUAUCUAUAGAUCUUCUUCAUCGACAGGUAUUUUGAUCUCAUUGAAGAAUCAACAAAACUUGGUCAACUAUCACGAGAGAAUAGGUGUAAAUUACAAUCAAAGAAAACAAAGAGAGAUUGCUUCAACUGCCGAGUACAUUAGAUACCAAGCAAGACAGAGAGAGCUAGGUUCCACAACAGUGAAAUCACAAGCCCAAUGGCAAUCGAGAUUAAAGGCUCAUGGUGAUGCUCUAUAUGUUCCAAUCGAAUCAGUCGUCGAUUGUGCAAAUUGUAUCAUUGGUGAUAUCACUACAGAGUCAGAGAAUCACAGCUUUGUUGGUGGUCAAGGUUUCUUCAUCCACAAUAGUGCUAUGGGUAAGCAGGCUAUGGGUGUUUAUAUUACAAACUAUCAACUUAGAAUGGAUACUAUGGCACACGUGUUGUUCUAUCCACAAAAGCCAUUGGUAACCACUCGUUCCAUGGAGUAUUUGCAUUUCAGAGAGUUGCCAGCAGGUCAAAACGUAUGUGUAGCCAUCGCUUGUUACUCUGGAUACAACCAAGAAGAUUCUUUGAUUCUCAAUCAAUCUGCCAUCGAUCGUGGACUUUUCCGUUCAAUGUUUUACCGUUCCUACAAAGAUGAACAAAAGAAACAGACCUCAAUGAUGGAGGAGACCUUUGAGAAGCCCGAUCGUGAUACUUGUGUCGGUAUGAGACAUGGUUCCUACGAGAAGAUCGACGAAGACGGUUUGGUCGCACCAGGUGUUCGUGUUACUGGUGACGAUAUUAUCAUUGGUAAGACCACUCCACUUCCACCACAAGACGAAGAUCUCGGUCCAAAGACUCGUCGUCAAUCUAAGCGUGACAGCAGUACCGCCAUGCGUUCAUCUGAGAACGGUAUCGUAGAUUCCGUAAUCUUGACAACAUCGGGUGACGGUUUGAAGUUUACCAAAGUUCGUGUACGUUCAAUGAGAACUCCACAAAUCGGUGACAAGUUCUCAUCUCGUCACGGACAGAAGGGUACUUGUGGUAUGACCUACCGUCAAGAAGAUCUUCCAUGGACUGUCGAGGGUAUCGUUCCAGAUAUCGUUGUAAAUCCACAUGCUAUUCCAUCUCGUAUGACUAUCGGUCAGUUGAUUGAAUGUUUGCUCGGAAAGGUAUCUUCGAUGACUGGUGAUGAAGGUGAUGCCACUCCAUUCACUGAUGUAACAGUAGAGGCUAUUUCCAAAGCUCUUCAUGGUAUCGGUUACCAAAUGACUGGUCACGAAGUAAUGUACAACGGUCAUACCGGUAGACGUAUGGAUGCGCAAAUCUUCAUUGGUCCAACAUAUUACCAACGUUUGAAGCACAUGGUAGAUGACAAGAUUCACUCUCGUUCUCGUGGUCCAGUACAGAUUCUCACUCGUCAACCAGUAGAAGGUCGUUCUCGUGAUGGUGGUCUCAGAUUCGGUGAGAUGGAGAGAGAUUGUGUCUCUGGAGAUACCAGAAUUGCAUCUACUCAUUACACUGUUCGUUUGGAUUCAUUGUGGAAAUCAUAUAAAAACACAUCGCUCUAUUCAUUCAAUGAAGACGUGAGUGGUGUACACAAUGACCAAAUUGUAGCAUUCGCAGAUAAAGGUACUUUGCCAGCAUACAGAAUCUUCUUGGAAGAUGGAUCUCACGUAGAUGCCACAGAAGACCAUCCAUUCCUAUGUCAAGAUGGUCAAUGGAGAUCAACUCUUGAACUGGUUGGACAUAGUUUGACCAAAUCAAUUGAACAACCCCUUAUCAAUAUUGAAGAGGAAAUGAGUGAGGCCUCAUUGGGUUCAAUCAAAGAGUUUGAAGUAGAGUGUGCUAAAUACCGUCUCCUUGGUCGUACAUUGACCAGUGGACACUUCCACGAAAGAGAUGAUAGUUCUGUGAUCUAUGCCAGUCAUUUAUUAGAUGUUCGUUCCAUCAUAGCCGAUAUGAAGCUCGUUGUACCAAAUUGUAAUCCAUCAUAUACUGCUCAUAGCAAUUCCGCAAAGUUCCACAUUAGUACACCAAAUGCCGUGUCAAGACAAUUGUGUGCUCUUGCUGCUGAUAUUCCUCUUGGUAGACGUGUUGGUACCGCUGGUUCAUGGCCAACCUUUAAGAAUACCUCAAAGGCACUUCUCAGAGAAUUUGUUGCUGCACUCUUUGGUGGUGACGGUCAAUCCCCAGCUCUCUCAAAUCGUGAUGGUCUUGGUGGAGUAAAAUUCAGCCAAACUAAAGUCGAGAAGCAUGUAGAUUCAUUAAAGAGCAUGAUGAGCGAAUUAAAGAAUAUGUUGGUCACACUUGGAAUUGCUUCUCAGUCCAUCACACUCCAAGGCCCAAGCAAAGCCGAAAAUCACACAGUUGAAGAAAAGGUUUACGAGUGCACACUUCAUAUUGCAUCUUCAGAAACCAUUAAAUUCCACGACCUUAUCGGAUUCCGUUAUUGCCACUCCAAGAUUUUAAGACUAGAGGCAGCCACAUCCUAUUUCAGACUCUGUAAUAAUGUAACCAAAAACAACAUCCCAACAGCCAGCGACUAUUUGAAAUCGAUUGGUGCCAAUAAGCUCUUUAAUCAUGGUUUGGAAAUCAGUGCCAAAGUUUUGCCAGUGUUCCACCACAAAGUUACAGAUGUUAAGAAUAUUGGUGAAUCACCAAUGUUUGAUAUUCAAGUCAAUCAAAACCAGAACUUUAUUGCAAAUGGUAUCGUUGCUCACAAUUGUAUGAUUUCUCAUGGUGCAGCACAGUUCCUUAAAGAAAGACUCUUUGACCAGUCCGAUAGUUACAGAGUCCACGUUUGUGAUAUUUGUGGUCUGAUCGCCAUUGCCAACCUUAAGAAGAAUCAUUACGAAUGUCGUCGUUGUAAAAACAAAACUCAAAUCUCCCAAGUUAAAAUGCCAUACGCAGCUAAACUUUUAUUCCAAGAGUUGAUGGCAAUGUCAAUUGCACCAAGAAUGUUCACAUAA